AUGCUGCGGUUCAAGCGUGUACUUGCCACUUAUGGCUUGAUCGAUUCACAGCAAGGCGCAUGGAACCUGACCGACCGUGAUGCUGUGGAUGAGCUUGUGAACAUCUUUGAGAUCAAUGAAGACAGUUUCAAAUCGAUGGUGCAGCGAUCGACGGUGUGGAACUCCCGCACCAGCCGCGUUACCACUCGUGCCUCUAUGGUGUCGGUGGGCGCAAAUGCAGUGUGA